CGCGCCGCGGGGGGGCGGGGCCUGCGCGUGCGCCUGGAGCGACCGGAGCUGCCGGGACCGAACGGAGGUGGUCUCUUCCAAUUUGGACACUUGGAACGCCGGAGGAACCUCUUGAGAACUUCCGGAUGAUCCGGCACCGGCGGCAGCGCCCGCUGUGACCUCCGACGCCGCCCGGAACCAUGUGGCCACCCCCGAUCCGCUCCAGACCUCGUUGGAUCUCCCUCAGCCGUAGCCCCACGGUGGCCACCAAACCUCUCCCCGCUUGGUGGUGGCGAUGAAGGGCCGCGGCCCCUCCGCUCCUCUCGCCGGACCAUGACCUCCCACCGCCCUUCGCGGCACAACGGCGCCGAUGCCGAGCUUUGUCCGUCGAGCUUUUGGGCUCCCAACGGCACUAUGGCAGGUGGAGAACCUCCUCGCUUGGUGGCCACCACGCCGGUGGUCCCUAAAAUGGGUGUCCGCGCCCGGAUCGCCGAUUGGCCGCCGAAGAGAGACCCCGUUGCCGGCUCCAACCGGGCCUUGGCCGGCGGGCAGCACGCUCUCGCCGGCGUUUCGGGUUUCAAAGCUCUUCACCGCUUCGCCCGGCGACGUUCUAAAGACGUUGAGUUCCAAGAGGGUUGGCCACGUUCUCCGGCCAAAGGUUUGGCACCGUUGCGGCACCGGAGCAGCAGUGAGGUGACGUUGAGCGAGUGCGACCAGGAGGAACCCGUGGAAGCGCGAGGAACCAAAGGAGGUGGUGGCGGUGGCAUCGGCGGCGGCGCGGGGCUCUUCCGGGAGUACGGAAGCACUUCGUCCAUCGACGUUCAGGGCAUCUCCGAGCAGAGCUUCUUCGAGAUGCUCAACGAAUUCCGCACCAAGAAGCCCGACCGGCGAGCGGCCACGCCGGAACGGCUCGCCGAGGCCGCUGCUCCUCCGGGAUCCUGUGCCGGCGUCAAAAUGGAUGGGAAGAACAUCUCCCGGGACGAACCAACGGCUCAAUCCAAGGAGAAACCCCGUCGGAGAUGUCCUAAAGGUGACGCCGGUGGCGACUCCAUCUUCAAGAAGCUCCGGAGCGGGCGCGGGGAAGGAGAAGCCGGCGAGGAGCCGCGCUCGCCGGAGCCGGGGAAGGUUUGGCUGUGCCAGAAGAGCUUCGCCCACUACGAUGUCCAAAGUAUGCUCUUCGACCUCAACGCCGUUGCCGCCGGCCGCGCCGCGGUGGCCCAACGCCGCAACACCACCACGGGCGCCUCGGCGGCCUCGGCGGCCACUGCUCGGCCCGCAGCACUUGGAGCGGCCGACGUGGCGUUUGCCAGCACCGAGGACCUCAACUCCAAAGAGAACCUGGAGCGCGACCUCGGGGACAACACCAGCAAUGAGCUCCUCCUCAGCUGUCCGCACUUCCGGAACGAGAUCGGCGGCGCCGGCGAGCGCAACGUCAGCUUCUCAAGGGCUUCGGGGUCUUCUCCGGCGAUGCCACCGCCCGAUGGGACCUUCCCGGAAGCUCCUCUCAACGUCCGCCCCACCAACGCCAGCGUCUCCGUGCUGGAGGUGCCCAAAGAGCUGCAGAGGAACCCCAACCGCCUCAAGCACUUCAGCGUGGAGCACGUGGACCUCGGGGCGCGGUACUACCGCGACCAUUUCCACGGCAAAGAACAUUCCAACUACUUUGGUGUGGACGAGAAGCUCGGCCCGGUGGCCGUCAGCAUCAAACGGGAGAAGCUGGAGGACCACAAGGACCACGGUCCGCAGUACCAGUACAGAAUCAUCUUCCGCACCAGCGAGCUCCUCACCUUACGUGGUUCCAUCUUGGAAGACGCCACCCCGACGGCCACCAAACACGGGACAGUUCGUGGUCUUCCGUUGAAGGACGCUUUGGAAUACGUCAUUCCGGAACUCAACAUCCACUGUUUACGUUUGGCCCUCAACACGACCAAAGUGACGGAGCAGCUCCUCAAACUGGACGAACAGGGGCUCUGUCGGAGGCACAAAGUGGGAAUUCUCUACUGCAAAGCCGGGCAGAGCUCCGAAGAGGAGAUGUACAACAACGAGGAGUCCGGGCCGGCCUUCGAGGAGUUCCUCUCCCUCCUCGGCGAGAAGGUUUGUCUCAAGGCCUUCAGCAAAUACGCGGCGCAGUUGGACACCAAGACCGACUCCACCGGAACCCAUUCCCUCUACACGACCUAUCAGGACUACGAGAUCAUGUUCCACGUCUCCACCAUGCUCCCGUACACCCCCAACAACCGGCAGCAGCUCUUGAGGAAGAGGCACAUCGGCAACGACAUCGUCACCAUCAUCUUCCAGGAACCCGGAGCUUUGCCCUUCACCCCCCAGAGCGUCCGAUCCCACUUCCAACACGUCUUCCUCAUCGUCCGCGCUCACCAGCCGUGUUCCGACAACGUCUCCUACAGCGUGGCCGUCACCAGGUCCAAAGAUGUCCCUCCUUUCGGUCCUCCCAUCCCCACCGGCGUCGCUUUCCGUAAAUCCGAAAUCUUCCGCGAUUUCCUUUUGGCCAAAAUCCUCAACGCCGAAAACGCCGCCCACAAAUCGGACAAAUUCCGCACCAUGGCCACCAGAACGCGCCGGGAAUACCUGAAGGAUUUAGCGGAAAACUACGUCACCAACACUCCCAUCGACUCCGUCGGGAAGUUCAACCUCAUCUCCUUGGCUUCCAAGAAGAAGGAGAAGACCAAAGCGCGCGCCGGAGCGGAGCAGCACAGCGCCGGCGCCAUCGCCUGGCGCGUCUCCGCUCAGGAUUUCCCGCGAGGGACGGAGAUUCCGUGCGUUUUGGGUAUCUCCAACGAGUUUGUGGUUCUGUUGGAUUUGGGAGCGAAAGAGGUGGUCUUCAACUGCUUCUGCGGUGACGUCAUCGGUUGGAGCGCCGACGCCGAUACCGUUAAAGUCUUCUACGGACGCGGAGAUCACAUUUUCAUCCGCGCCACCGACGGCGGCGCCGACGACGUCAAAGACAUCGUCCAGAGGUUGAAGGUGAUGACUUCGGGCUGUGAGACGGUGGAGAUGACGCUGCGCCGCAACGGUCUGGGCCAGUUGGGUUUCCACGUGCAGUUUGACGGGACGGUGGCGGAGGUGGAGGAGUACGGCUUCGCGUGGCAGGCGGGGCUGCGCCAGGGCAGCCGCCUCGUCGAGAUCUGCAAAGUGGCCGUCCUCACCCUCAGCCACGAGCAGAUGAUCGACCUCCUCCGCACCUCCGUCACCGUUAAGGUCGUCAUUAUCCCCCCCCACGACGACGGAGCGCCGCGCAGGGGUUGGUCCGAGUCCUUGGAGCUGAGCCCCGCGGAGCCCAAGGGUGAGGUGGAGGCGUUGCCGUCGGGUUAUCGGCCGCCGUUCCGGAGCAAUCCCGGCUGGCAGUGGAGCGGCCCCGCCUCCCACAACAUGGCCGCCGCCGCCAAAUGGAGCGAAGCACUGUCCAUGGGCCACGGGGCGGGCGGUGGGCGCUCCGGCAAACAGCCGGCGGUGCCCUUCCGAGAGCCACAGAGCCUCCACGGCAAAAGGCCGGUGAGCUUCCCCGAGAGCCCCCAUCCCACCAGCGCCGCCGUGACCGCCGCCGAGCGGCCGCAGCCCCACCGACAACCCUCCGGCAGCUUCUCCGCCCCGGGCGGCGCCGGGACAACCUACGGUCGCUACAAACCCUCUCCGGAGAGGUUCGGUGCCUCCCAGCGGUCCCCGUUGGAGCCUCACUCCGGCCACGACGGCCUUUCCAGCGGCGACUCCUCCUCUGGAGGCCUCAGUAGCCACGAGAGCACCAUGGAACGCCACAAACCCGAGCCGCUGUGGCACGUGCCGGCGCAGAGCAGGUUGGCCGCGGGGGGUGGAACCAAACGUUCGAGCAGACAAGACCCAACGGGAAAGGAUUCUCCCAACCGGCACUCCAAGGUGGAGACGCACUAUUCGAGCCAUUCGAGCAGCAACACCCUCUCCAGCAACGCUUCCAGCGACGACCGCUGGUUUGACGUUCCCGAUUCCACGGAAACCGAAGCGGAACUGUUGGCCAAAGGGGGUUCCAGCGAUAGCGGCAUCGACACCACACUCUACGCCACCUCCAAGGUUCCUCCUUGUCCGCAGUGGGACAGGAUCUGCCGACCUUCGCCUGGGGGGACACAAGAAGAUUCCACCCAUCCUUCUCCGGCUCUCGGUUUCCGGCACAAAGCGGGAACUGCGGUGACGUCGGGGACCUCCGGCUCCAGCGCCGACCCCUUCAAGCAGCCCAGCGCCGCCGCACGGUUGGGAUAUCCGACCCCCGACGCCCCCCGCGCCCCCCAACUCUCCGCUUCCGUCCCCAAAUCCUUCUUCUCGAGGCAACAAGGCAGAAGCAAACAGAGCGGAGGGACCAAACGCGCCGAGGAGCCCCCGGAACCCCAAAAGCCGUCGGACGGUGGCCCCAAGAACGUCUUCGGACAACCGCGGCUGCGGGCGUCGCUGCGGGAUCUGCGCUCUCCGCGCCGGAGCUACAAAUCCACCAUCGAGGACGACCUCAAGAAACUCAUCCUGAUGGACAAUGCGGCGCCGGAACCGGAGCGAGAUGGGCCGGCGCUGCAGCGGACGCUGUCGGACGAGAGCCUCUGUGGGGGGCGUCGAGAGGCGUCUUUGGGAGCGGCGCCCGCGUCCCUCGACACCGACGUCCUCCUCGGGAGCCCCUUUCCCUGCAGCACUUUACCGGGACGGCGGCAGCCGCCCACCGGCGCCAACGGAGCCCUCGCCGAGCGCAAAGCCGCCAUCUCCGCCUCCGAGUUGGCGCUGGAUAAAGCGCCGCUGCGGCGGCCGGAGCCGGGCAUGAUGCCGCUGCCGGACACGGCCGCCGGCCUGGAGUGGGCGAGUCUGGUGAACGCCGCCAAGGCCUACGAAGUGCAGCGCGCCGUCUCGCUCUUCUCCCUGGCCGAGCCCACGCCGAGCCCCGAAGCCGCCGAGAUGCCGCGAGGACCCCCCCAAAGGCAGGCGCCCCCCUUGGACCUUCCGGGCAAGGUGUCCCAAUUGGAGGCGAUGCUACGGCAGCUCCACAGCGACCUGCAGAAGGAGAAGCAGGACAAGGUGGUUCUCCAGGCGGAGGUGGCCAACCUGCGGCAGAACAACCGGCGCCUGCAGGAGGAGUCGCAUUCGGCCGCGCGGCAGUUGCGGCGCUUCGCGCGUAUCUUCUCCGGCGCCGCUGACAAAGACGAGUUGUGAGCCGAGAAGACAUCAGAACCACCCCAGGAGACCACCUUGGGACCACCGAAACUGCCCCUGGGACUACCGGAACCACCAUGAGACCAUCGAAACUGCCUCGGACUCACUUUGGGGCCACCAAAACCACUCCUGGGG